CUUUGGCGUUUGACAUGUAAUUGAAGUACAAAUAAGAUACUCUUUCUGUCACCAAGUUUAAAAUGGCACCGACAGCUGGAAAAACUAAAACAGUUAAAGGACUCCCAGCAGUUCCCGAAUCGGUAUUAAAACACCGUAAACGUCGUGAAGCCUCUCGCGCCAAACAGCUCCAGUAUGCUAUCAAAAAAAAGGCAGAACAAAUUAAAAAGAGGAAAGAUAUCUUUAAGCGAGCUGAACAGUACGUAAAGGAAUACCGAUUGAAGGAAAGGGAUGAAAUUAGGUUAAUUCGUCAAGCUAAAAACAAGGGCAAUUUUUAUGUUCCAGCCGAAGCCAAAUUGGCUUUUGUUGUUCGUAUUAAGGGUAUCAAUAAAGUAGCACCUAAAGUACGAAAAGUUCUUCAACUUUUCCGUCUCCUUCAAAUUAACAAUGGUGUUUUCGUUAAACUUAACAAAGCCACAAUCAACAUGUUGAGAAUAUGCGAACCUUACAUUACUUGGGGUUACCCCAAUUUGAAAUCUGUUAGAGAAUUGAUUUACAAAAGAGGUUUUGCCAAGAUAAACGGCCAACGUGUCCCCAUCACUAGCAACCAAUUAAUUGAAGACAGAUUAGGAAAAUCUGGUUUGAUCUGUGUGGAAGACUUGAUUCAUGAAAUCUUCACAGUUGGACCCAAAUUCAAGUUUGCUUCCAACUUCUUGUGGCCUUUCAAGUUGAAUACCCCUACUGGUGGAUGGCGUAAGAAGACGAAUCACUACGUUGAAGGAGGAGAUUUUGGUAAUAGAGAAGAUAAGAUUAAUGAACUCCUCAGAAGGAUGGUUUAAACAUUGGUUUGAACGACUGUUUAUAAAUAAAUUAUCUAAAAUAUAA